UGGAGGAAAGCAGGGGACUGAGCUGCCCUGCCCUCAGACAGGCCUCAUGAUCGCCUGCUACCACGGCUUUGGGAGUGUUGUGGCCCUGCUCAGUCGCUGUUCUUUCCUCGAUGUGAACCAGCAGGACAAAGAAGGGAACACAGCACUCAUGUUGGCUGCCCAAGCAGGCCACGUGCCUCUAGUGAGUCUUCUGCUCAACUAUUAUGCCGGCAUAGACCUGGAGCGCCGGGACCAGAGGGGGCUCACAGCGUUAAUGAAGGCUGCUAUGCGGGACCGCUCCGAAUGCGUGGCAGCCCUCCUCAUGGCAGGUGCUGACCUGACAGCAGUGGAUCCUGUUAGGGGCAAGACAGCCCUGGAGUGGGCAGUGCUCACUGACAGCUUCGACACAGUGUGGAGGAUCCGGCAGCUACUGCGGAGGCCUAGAGUGGAGCAGCUCAGCCAGCAUUACCAGCCUGAGUGGCCGGCCUUGGCCGGGCUUGUGGCCCAGGCCCAGGCCCAGGCUCAAGCUGCUCCAUCCCUCCUAGAGCGGCUACAGGCCACCUUGAGUCUCCCUUUUGCCCAGUCUCCUCAGGAGGGAGGUGUUCUAGACCACCUUGUGACCCUCACGACCAGCCUGGCCAGUCCUUUCCUCACCACUGCCUGCCACACUCUGUGCCCUGACCACCCACCUGCACUGGGCACCCGAAGCAAGUCGGUGCCAGAGUUGCUGGGUACUGCCCCACCGCCUCCUCCAGCUCCCUGCCUUCCCUUGGAAGUCCUUAGUCCCCGAAGCUUUGUUCCCUACCAGAGUCCUCAGGGCAUAUUGAGUAUGUGCCCUCAGUGGUUACAGCCCAAGGACAGUACCAGCCCCAGGCCCCAAGUCCCCAAGAUCCUUCUCUCCAAGGCAUGCUCAACCUCCAGCCAGUGGAACCCGAACCCCAGUCCUGUCGGGCAUCGAUGUCUGGCCCUUCCUCUCUGGAGAUACCAGCAGCUCAGGAUGGAGAGAAGGAGGCAGGAGGAGGAGGGCUAGGCCAGCCUGGGAAUAGUAAUCCUGAGGACAAAAGGCACAGAGAAGUGAAGGAGCUGCCCAGGUCCCACAGCUGGAAACUGGCAGAGAAAC